AUGUCGUACGACACUGCUAUUUUUCACUGGUGCGAAACGACAUCCAUUUUGUCACAACUCAACAUGGAUAACAGACGUAUUUAUAAGAAGAGAAACGAUAAGAAGAAUUUAAUAUCACGGGUCAAAACAUUGGUUGGCUCUUUAUGGCAGAAAUCACAAUCUCCUGAACCUAUAAAAGAACCAGAACCCACCAUCAAUACCCCUAAAACCAAUAAGAUUCUCGAAUCCACCACUCCCAUCACAAUUAAUGAACAAGUAGAAAAAACUCCCAAUGUAUUGUUAUCGGAGUUCUUCCAACAGAAAGGUGAUAAACCUUUAAGCACCAUUGAAUAUGAAGGAGUGUUAUCAUUACUUUCCCAAUCCAAUAGAAAAGAUUACGUCAUGCCAGGAACUUUCUCCAAUAGUCCUAUCAGAUCUCCUAGUAAAUCCCAUGAUAUAAAUCAUAGCAUCAAUGAAAGUUUCGUCACAAACACCAGUCCACAAACAUUAAGAAACGAAUCGUCAAGGAUCUUUGCCACACCUGAAUACAAAUCGGUUUAUAAUUUAACCAGUUCUACCAAAAAGAAGGUUCCUUCAGUUAAACGAGUGUAUCAAUUUUCAGGAUUACCAUCUCCAUAUAGAACGAGAAUCAAACCUCCAGUCAUGACACCCAAGAGAUUAAAACCUAACAUGUCUAUGGAAAAAUCAGACAAACCUAUGAAUAAAGCUGCCACAACGUUAUUAUCAGUAUUGGACGAUUCCAAAAAGAGUAGUUCGUAUUUACAACAAUUUUCCAACCCAUAUAUUUCCAAGAAGAACUUUUCUGCUGACGUUAUCAACUCAACAUUGAUGUUUGACAAAUCAGUAGAUAUUCCAGAAUCUUCCAAUAAUCUGUCGGUGACUACCCCAGCCGAUAAUGGAUCAGUUAAUCCUGAACCACCAACGUCGUCGUUAGCUUCAGUAGUUAAUGCUGAAAACAAUAAGGAAGGAAAGGAAGCAUCUAAAUUCAAUUUUACAUUCCCUAAGGCCACAGAAGUAGAGGACACUGACAAACCAGAGACCAAGAAGGUAGAGACUGAAAAGGUAGAGACUGAAAAGGUUGAGACCGAAAAAGUGGAACCAAAAAUUGAACCAUUCAAAGACCAUCAACCCGUACAACCACCGCAACCACCAGCUGAAUCCAAACCCUCAAUUCCUCAAUCGUCAAUCCCACAACCUACCCAAUCAUCAAUUCCAUCGAAUUCACAACCUAAACCAGCUUUCAAUUUCAAUUUCAAUCCUCAACCUGAAACCACCAAAUCUCCUCAAUCAGAUAACGAAACUUCCACUCCAGAACCAGAACCAUUAUUCAAAUUCCCUUCAUUAAAACCUCAAGCAGUCACUUUAGACUCUUCAAAAGUUGAAAACUAUAAGAAACUUUUCUCUUUUGUUUAA